AUGGAGGAAUGGUAUCCUGAAAAGGAAAUCGUAAGGUCAAAGUUAAAGUUGCCCUUUGCAGCUUUAACUUGUCUUCUGUUUGUAUACACAAUGGUCUCUAAAUUUACAUGGGUAUCAGCCAAUAUAUUUGAGUACCAGACAGAGUCCCAACCGUUACGCCCGUGUGAACUUCAGAGGGAAAAGGCUUUUUCAGGAGGAGAAACCUACGUCCCUCAGUGCUCAGAAGAUGGCCAGUUCAGGACAGUUCAGUGCAGUAGGAAUGGUCUUUCCUGUUGGUGUGUGGAUGAGAAUGGCAUUGAGGUACCUGGCAGCAAACAGAAUGGAUAUCCCAUGUCUUGCUUGUCCUUUUGCCAGCUGCAAAAGCAGAGGAUUUUGGUGAGUCGAUACAUCAAUAGCAGCAGCAUCUCCUACGUCCCUCAGUGCUUGGAUUCAGGAGCUUUUGAUGCAGUGCAGUGUGACACAGAGCUGGGACAGUGCUGGUGUGUAGAUCCAGAAGGAAUGGAGAUUUAUGGCACCAGGCAGAGAGGAAGGCCAACGCGGUGUCCGGGGAACUGUGAGAUCCGAGACCGUCGCAUUCUGCAUGGGUUUGGGGAGAAGAGCCCACCACAGUGCUCAGCAGAUGGAGAGUUCCUGCCUGUCCAGUGCAAGCUUGUCAACACUACAGAUAUGAUGUUUUUUGAUCUCAUUCAUAGUUAUAACAGGCUCCCAGAGGCUUUCCAAACGUUCAGCUCCUUGCGGGAGACGUUCCCGGAGGUGUCUGGGUACUGUUACUGCACGGACAGCCUGGGCAGAGAGUUAGCAGACACUGGCUUGGAACUGCUGCUCGAUGAAGUUUAUGACACAAUUUUCUCUGCGCUGAAGCCUGCCCGCACGUUCACGGAGACCAGCAUAUACCGGAUCCUGCAGAGGCGGUUUCUGGGGGUUCAGCUAGCUACCUCUGGCAGGUUCAGAUGCCCCUCUAAGUGUGAGGUUGAGCGGUACGCAGCCCUGCGUUACCAGCAUGCCUACGUGCCGUCUUGUGAUACUGAUGGGGGCUACGCGCCCGUGCAGUGUCAGCCAGGAGGACAGUGCUGGUGUGUGGACACCCAGGGGCAAGAGGUCCAGGGCACAAAGAGACGAGGCCAACCCCCUGCCUGUGGUGAAGAACAAGGGUGCAUCUCUGAGAGGCGACGGGCCUUGUCAAGGAUCUUUUAUGGCCCUGCUGGGUACUUCAGUCCAUCCGAUUUGUUUUCCACACCAGAUAUGCAGUCAGAGAAAACAACUGGCUUCUCAAGACCCUGCCCUCCCUCCUUCAAGGAGCUGUUUCUGGACUCCGGAUUGUCAUCCCCAGUUGCACAAAGCCUAUAUGCCAGCCAGAUUCCCGGGCUAGAAGCCACCCUUAGUGAAGCCAUCACGGGGAUGUUCCCCUCCAGGGAACUGGCUCAAGUGGCACUGCAAUUUACUGCCAAUCCAAAGCGUUUCCAAGAAAACCUCUUUGGAGGAAGGUUCUUGAAGAAUUUGAUCCAGUUUAACUUCACAGGGGCACUUGGCACUAGUGGGAAAUACAGCAUUGGCCAGUUUUUCCCACAGGAGGAUGUGGCAGAGAGGGAUAAUGGCCAAGGCCUUCUGGAAUCAGCUGAGGCGUUUUCAUUGGAUAUAUCAACGGGGAGCUCCAUUUUGAGUAAACCUCUUGUAGGCAGCUUUGGCCGCACAGUGACUCUACAGGACAAUCAGAAUAUGAUGAAAUUCCUUUCCUCUGUCUUGGAACUGCCAGAGUUCUUUGCUUUUCUUCAACAAGUAAUUUCUGUCCCCAAAAGUGUUGCUGAAGAUUUAGGUGAAGUGGUGAAACUAGCAUUGGGAUCCAAAGACUGUGGUGAGGAGCCAAGGUCCCUGUUUGUUCCAACAUGCACCAAGGAGGGGAGGUAUGAGGAAGUUCAGUGCUAUGCAGGAGAGUGCUGGUGUUUGGACUCUUCAGGUAAGGAAGUUCCAGGCUCAAGAGUUCAAGGCAGACAUCCAAGGUGUCCCACUGAUUGUGAGAAGCAGAGGAGAAACCUGCAAAACUUGAAGCAAAGCCUGCCUGCAGGAUCAGAUCUUUUUAUUCCCUCUUGUACUGAGGAUGGGGACUUUCUGCCACUCCAGUGUUAUGGGACAAAUUGCUUCUGUGUCGAUUUGAAUGGCAAAACUAUUCCAGGAAUACAGGGAAAAGCUGGAAAGCCGAUGCAGUGCCCAAGUGCUUGCCAAGUAACAGCCGGUCAGGAGUUUCUAAAGGCUGUGAAACUCCUGUUGUCAGAUCCAAGCGCCGUGUCUCAGCUCUCCAGCAUUUACCUCCCGCAGUGCGUUGCUGACGGUGCCUGGAGGCAGGUGCAGUGCAGUGGCCCUCCUGAGCAAGCCUUUGAGUGGUACCAAAGGUGGAUUGCAGAGAACAAUGAAGGCAAACCCCUGCCCGUUGCUGAUCUAUUGAACAUCAUAACUGGAUAUAGAGAGGCGUCUUCUGAAGGCUUUUCAGCUUUUAUUAAAGCUUUGUAUGAGGCUGGGCACCAGAAUGUCUUUCCAGUAUUUACCACAUAUUCCUCCUUUGCUGAUCUCCCACCUGAAGUGCUGGAAGGAAAUGUCACCUAUGCAUCUGAGAACAUUUUACUGGAUCCAUAUACAUUCUGGCAGCUUCUGAAUGAGCAGCUGACCUAUUACCCAGGACCCUAUACUGAUUUCAGUGCUCCAUUAGGCCACUUUGAACUUCGUGAUUGUUGGUGUGUUGAUAGCAAAGGAAAGCAGCUGCAAGGAACAAAGGCAGAAGUGAACCAGGUCCCAGCAUGUCCUGGUAUAUGUGAAGGUGUGAAGCAGGAAGCCAUGAAAUUUAUGGAGGAGGCAGAGCAGCUCAUCCUAGCAUCAAAUAGUUCCCACUUUCCUUUCGGAGAAAGCUUCUUGAUGGCAAAGGGAAUACAGCUUACAGACAAAGACCUUCUACGUUCUGCUCAGCCCUACAGGACAGAGGCGGUGGUCUCUGAAGCGCUAUUAUCGGGCAGUGACUAUGCUCUCCAGCUGGCUGCACAGUCAGUCUUGCAUUUCUACUGGCGGAGGCACUUUACUUCAAAACGUUCUGCUGGGGAAGCAACGCAGCUGGGAUUUCUCCCUUUCAUCCCACAGUGUGAUGGCCUGGGAAACUGGGAGCCAACUCAGUGCUAUGAGAGCACAGGUCAUUGCUGGUGCGUGGAUGAGAGAGGACGUUAUGUCAUGGAUUCCUUGGUCUCACGCUCAGCAGAACUUCCCAAGUGCCAGACAUCAUGUCAACGGUCUCGAGCCAAUGCCUUAAUUUCCAGCUGGAGACAGAGCGGAUCAAAGCUGGAUGCCUCCACAGCAGAUCUGUUUGUCCCCUACUGCCUUGAGACAGGAGAAUACGCUGUGCUACAGAGAUCCGACACAGAUAUUUGGUGUGUAGUUCCUGUGUCAGGAGAAGUAUUUCAGCGUGGCAGCAAAGCUUCAGAUGGCAGUCCUGAGUGUCCUAGUUUCUGUAAUAUGCUGAAGAAUAAAACCGUUUUACGAGAAGCUGGCAAAGGCUACAUCCCACAGUGUGAAGGGGACAAGGGGACAUUCUCACCUGUGCAGUGCAGCCAGGAUCAAGAGAGCUGCUGGUGUGUCUUUGACAACGGAGAAGAGGUGCCGGGGACACGAGUAAGCGGAGGAAGACCUGCAUGUGGAAGUGUGCAGUGUGCUCUGCCAUUUGGUGCCUCAUCUGUUCUCAACGGAGCUGUAUUUUGUGAAAACAUUUCUGGGCAAGCUUCAAGCGUUCAGCAGUGCCGGCUGGUGUGUCGCCAGGGCUUCCACAGUGCCGUUUCCAGCACGUCGUUUCAGUGUGAUGUACAGCAGCGUCGAUGGGUCUCGGCUGCCCCGCUCUAUCAGGCCUGCCAGAAGCUCCAAUUACUUCAGACUGUCCAAGCUCAAACACACUUUCAACUGCUACUGCCUCCUGAGAAGACUUGUAGUUCUGACUACUCUGGAUUACUCCAGGCAUUCCAGAUAUUUAUUUUAGAUGAGUUGAAGGCUCGUGGUUUGUGUCACCUCCAGGUAAAUGCAUUUGGAAAUACCAGCUCGGUUUCUGUCUGUGAUGAUUCCACUGUCUAUGUCGAAUGCCUGAGCAUGGACCGCCUGGGGGUGAAUGUCACGUGGAGGACUCAGCUGGAAAACAUCCCAGCAGCUUCUCUCCCUGACUUACAUGAUAUUGAAAAUGCAAUUGUUGGAAAAAAUCUGAUUGGAGCAUUUAUAAAAGAGAUUAAGGAUGGUGGUUUUCUGCUGCAUUUGGACUCCAAGCAAUUCCUAGGAGAUUCUUUUGUUGAUUUUCCCUGGGAUGAAGAGUUUGAUCUGUCUCCGAGAGUGCAGCUAGGAUGUAGAAGUGGGUUUCGAAGAACUUCAUCCCUUGGGAAAGCAGUCCCAAAUUCACAAGGAUGUGUUGUUUGUCCUCCGGGCAGUCAUUUCCAGAAUGAGGAAUGCAUUCCCUGCCCUUUUGGCUACUAUCAGCAUCAGACAGGACGUUCCUCUUGUAUCAAGUGUCCUGUGGGCAAAACUACCAACUCCUAUGGGGCAUUCAGUGCUGAUCACUGUAUCACAUACUGUCAAAGCAAUGAGCAGGGUCUGCAGUGUGAUGAAGAGGGCCAGUACAGACCUUCCCAGCAAGACCCCGACAGUAAUAAAUCCUUCUGUGUCGAUAGCUUUGGAGCAGUACUGGACUGGACUGAAACAGAUGAUCUCCUUACAGACUACCAGUGCCUAGGCUGUGAGAGGGAAGACACAUGUGGUUUUGCCACUGUAACUCCUGAUGGUGCUGAAGUUCUGUGUGAAUUAUACAGCGCUGCUGAAGUCAACUUCAACUGCACCACCUCUGGAUUGGUGCAAGGUGUUUUGGGGAACCCCGCUGCCACCAGCAUCGGUAGUCUCAGCUGCCUGCUUCAUGUCAGGAAUCCAGAGGGAGAUGCGGUGAUGGUUUAUUUGAAGAGAGGACAAGAAUUUAACUCAUCUGGACUCAAGACCUUUGAAAGGACAAGUUUUCAGAAUACGCUUUCUGGCGUGUAUCGCUCCGUGGUGCUCUCAGCAGCUAGCGCAUCUCUGACUGAUGCGCAGCUCUUCUGUCGGCAGACCUGCAGCAGGGACUCUUGCUGUGAUGGCUUCAUCUUGAGUCAGAUUGCGCUUGAUGGAGGUACCAUUUUGUGUAGUUUGAUGAGCUACCCAGACGUGCUGAUCUGCAAUGCAAAUAGCUGGAGUCCAGCACCAACAUCUGUCAUAGAUGGGAUAUGUAAAGGUGUGAGCUAUGAUGAAAAAGAGAAGAUGUUUUCCUUCACCAUAGGAGGGAAAGUGUUCAGUGGAACUUCUAAGUUGGCAGAAGAGUCAGAAAGAAAUUUUACUACCUUUCAGCAAGUCUAUCUGUGGAGAGGCUCCGAUAUGGUCACUAGAACUAAAACCUCUGCGUGCGAUGCUACGGCUUUGAAGACAGAGAAAGAUCUAACAUUAUCAGAUUCCACAAAGGAUCUUUUCUACCUAAUGGACAGCAGCCGGAUACGAAGUGACCAGAACUAUUCUCUCCCUUACCAGCAGUACUGGGUCUUCAGGCAGAAGUACUCAGCAGAGGAAGCUGUGCUUUGGUGUCUCACACGUUGUGCAGAAGAAGAUGAGUUUUGUCGAAUGGCAGAUUUUCAAAACACCACAGACGUAUACUUUGUGUGCACCCUCUACCCAGAGGCACAGAUUUGUGAUGGCAGCAUCGAUCAAAUACCGGAAAACUGUCAAACUGUGCUACCCCAGCAACCACAGACAUUGUAUCGUAAAAUAGUCACUCUAAAAAGUUCUGUGAAGAGCUUCUACACACGUGUACCAUUCCAGAAAGUAACUGGGAUAUCAGUAAGGAAUAAGACUGACAUGAGCAGAAUAGCUGUUUCAGAUGGCUUUUUUGAGUGUGAGCGUUGGUGUGAUGUUGACCCCUGUUGCACAGGAUUUGGCUUUUUUAAUGGCUCCCAGCAAUCAGGUGGAAAGAUCAUGUGCCUGACUCUGAACAGCCUAGGCAUCCAGACGUGUGCUGAGGAAACACGAAGUGCUUGGCAGAUUUCAAAUUGUAGUGCACCAGGUGCUGAAGUCAGAAUACACCCGUUCGGCUGGUACCAAAAGCCUGCUGACUUGAAGAACACCACACCUAAUCUGUGUCCAUCUGUUAGUUUACCCCUCAGGCCAGAGAAGGAGUAUUCAGAGAUAUGGCAACUCUUAAAUGUAUCCUCUGUCCUCAUGGAUUCAUCCAUCUCAAACUUUGAAGUUGUGCAAGUUAGUAGAGAAAUAUCCAGGAACUUCUCCACUGCCAGAGACUUUUGUCUAUCCGCUUGUUCAAAGAAUCAGUCAUGUACAGUGGUUACACUGGAAAUCCAGCCUUCAGCAAUAAGAUGCCUUUUCUACCCUGAUACACAGAUAUGCACACAUGGCCUGCAAGGGCACAGCUGCCGGGUUUUACUCAAAGAGCCAGCUACCUAUAUCUACAGGAGGCAAGAUUUCUUCCUGCCCAUUUCUGAAGCGGAUUUAACCCCAUCUGUGCACAUCCCAUCCCAUGGAAAUCUGAUGGGCACAUCCCAGGUGAUCCACGUUGGCUCAGAGUGGAGAAACAUCAGCCAGUUCCUGGGGAUCCCGUAUGCUGCACCUCCCCUUGCAGAGAGGCGCUUCAGUCCUCCGGAGCCGUUUGCUUGGGUGGAAACCUGGAAUGCUACUGUAGCUCGGGCGGCUUGUUGGCAGCCAGGAGAUGGAGAGGCCCCGUCAUACUCUGUCAGUGAAGACUGCCUAUAUCUGAACGUCUUUGUUCCUGCCACCACUGUCAAAAACAUGCCAGUGUUGCUGUUCUUCCACAACGGAGGGAGUUACAAUGCUGAGGUGGGAAAGACAACCAUAGAUGGAUCAUACCUAGCUGCCAUCAGUAACAUCAUUGUCGUGACAGCAAACUACCGGGUUGGUGUUUUUGGCUUCCUUAGUACUG